UAGAUAGAUAGAUAGAUAGAUAGAUAGAUAGAUAGAUAGAUUGAUUGAUUGUUAGUACAGGUAUACAGCAACGUAAUGCAGUUUAGUGUGGUGGACAGACAGACAGACAGACAGACAGACAGACAGACAGACAGACAGAUUAAUUAAUUAAUAAGGAAUAUGUGAGAUGUGAAUGAGAAUAAGAGUAACAAUGAUUUGCUUUGGUAAAUAGACAAGGGACAGACUCUUGAAACCAAGCACAGUAACCUAAUAGGAAACAGAAAUGAAACAUAAUUUUAUCAAUUAUUGUUUACUUUUUAAUCAGUGUUGUAAUUAACUAAUAAGCAAAACAAAACAAAAAAGUCCCAUAUUUCUUUUGAAAGCGGCGCGCUCCCGUUUGCGCGUGGCCGCCGGGGUCCGGAGGAAGUGACGGCGGAGAGACGCGUGAGAGCUGCACUGGGGGGGUUGUAAUGGAGCGGAGUGGGGGGAGUGGGAGCUCAGGGGGACAAAGUUACAACUCUUACAACCAACAGACGGAGUGAGGGGAAAAAACAAAAAAACUACUCCAGAAUACUAAUCUACAGGGGGAAAGAGCCCAGCGCGUGCAGGUUGGGGUGAAGGAAAGCCUGGAGUGUGUGGAAGAAGAGAAGUUGCAGUGAAGAUGAGAGAUUUUCGACUGUGAGAUUUUGCACUUCUGCAGGCGACAUGAUGAACCAUUGUUGUGUUGAACGAGCCCUGAGCGACUUUCCUCCCCAGUGUUUCGGCUUGUCCUAAUGUCCCCGAGCAGUGUGUUUUCAGUCUCAGUCCGGGUCAGUGUGCUGCUUCUGGCUCUCCUGCUCUCGGGGAGUGUGUGUGCAGAGCUGAAAGUCCUGGUGCGCCUGGACGAUGGACAGAUCAGUGCAGAGACUUUAGAGUCGGACAGCGAGAGGGACAUCAUCAGUGUGGAGCUCAGGCACACAGACGGCACUCUCACCACCUUCCUGGCAGACUUCAAACGGCAUGUGAAGAUCUUGAGGGUGCUGGUGCUGGGGGAACCGGAGAGGGGCCAGACACAGUACCAGGGCCUGUGUUUCAUCAGCAGGCUAGAACAUGGAGAGAUCAUCCCAAGUGAGGCCAUGGUCAGACUGAGACAGAAAAACCCUCAUGUGGUGCGGACCGCCGAGGAGAAGCGUGGUCUGGAGAGGAUGAGCAUGAACAUGGCGGUGAAUUUGACUCUAUCCUGGCACCUCAGCGCCCAUAUCCGCAGCAUGUGCCGCGACGCCCAAGACUUCAUCUACACGCGCGAGCAGGACGUCAAAUACUGGCUAGAAAAGGGUGUCGAAGGCUCCAUAUUCAAGGCGUUCCCCCAGAACGGCAAGAACGCAGCCCUGCCGCGUUGCAGCGCGACUGCGGAUCCGUGGCAGCCGUGCUCCUGUAGCUACACCGUGAGGCUGGAGUGGUACCCGUGUAUGCUGAAAUACUGCCGUGGCCACGGGCCGAGCCCUUACAAGUGCGGGAUCAAGAGCUGCAGCAAGGCGUACCGCUUCGACUUCCACACGCCACGCAAGCAGCAGUGCAUGUGGGACGAGGAGAGCUAACCGCAUAACGAAUACCAGUGUUACGAGGUGCCUUCAAAUAGUUCUUAAUGGUAAAAUGGUAACAAAGUGUUGCUUCGCUGUAUUCAGGAUGAUUUGUAUUAUUGUCGCAUGUAUGCGUUUUUAGACUCUAAUAUCUUCAGGUUUGCCUUUAGGGAGAGAGAUUUCGAUCAAGCUGAUCACUGGCCUCAAGGCAGAGAGUCACAUGACUGGCCUUGGCUCAGGAAAGAGGUGUUUGCUCGGAUUCUGCAUGAACUCCUUUGUUGACAUUGUAAACGUCACGUAUUUUAUGUUACCGUUUUUUAGUAACUUUCUGCAUCUGGAAUGGGAAGGACGUGUAUAAUAGAAUGGAUUUUUUUUUGGUAUGUUCUUAGUGUUAAACACAAAUUGGCCACUGUUUUAUAUACAUGCCGUUAUCUAAACCAUGAUGGUGCAGCUCAAGAGCUUUAGUUAAUAUUUACAUCAAACGUUCACAUGGAUUUUGACGUGCAGAAACCUCUAUGGUUUACACAUACAGGUGUGGGAGAAAAACAAAAACAUCCACCCAGUGGUAAGAUUUUACAUUUAUGGCAUUUGGCAGACACCCUUGUAGUGAGAGACUUACAACUAAGGAUUAAGGGCCUUGCUCAAGGGCCCAGCAGUGGCAGCAUGGUAAGGGUCAGAGGAGAACCAUCAGAAGGCUAUAGUAACUACAAGGUUGUAUCAAAAAGUUUUAAGACUCACUCUGUUUACAAGAAAGUACUUCAUUUAAGUUUACACACGAUCACCUUCAAAAUAGUCCCCCUUGCACAGCAAUACAGCGCUCCCAGCGUUCCUGCCACAUCUGGAACGUGUCCUGGAGGUCUUUCUUUCGAAGUGUGUCAACCACAUUCUGUUGCUCGCACUGGAUCUUUGCAACCGUGUCAAAACGGCGACCUUUGAGACGGAUCUUUAUUUUCAGGAAGAUCCAGGGUGGGUGGGUGUGUUAGUGAGAUCAUAUUGUUUUCCGGCGAGAAAUUCACGUCUGAGGAGACCUCGGUGACUAGGUUCACCCUUGGUCCGAAUAGCAGACGUGGUAACGCACGUGGUCGGAACAGCACCGGUCGCACAGUCCCACGUUUCCACUCUGACUUAUGACUUAUGGGUCGGUGCUCCCUGCGACUAUGCGUGCAGCCUUGUGCUGCCCUCUGUUGGUACUUCCUUGUAAGCACUUAACAGUAAGAAUUCUCCAAACUCGCACUACAUCAAGUGGAUGAGCUGCACCAACAGAACACUACAUCGGGUUCUACCCCUCAUAUGUACUUUACAGCACAGUGAAAUUCUCUCUUUGCAUGUCCCAGCAAUGUUUGGAAGAUGGGGAGAGCAAUGAUACGAGUUCAGAGGGUUAAGGGUAUGUGGCAGUAUCCCAACCCUCCAAUCAGUAACCCAGAGUCUUAACCAAUGCUCUACCACCUGCCACACACAAGUGAGAAGGCAUUCAUUUUAAAGCAAUGAACUUCAACUACAUUAGGCAGUGCGGGGAUUUGAACUCAUUAAACAGUUUAAGCACUGAAUCUGCAUUAUUUUACGCAUUGUACAGAUCGUUGUGUAAUUAUACUUUCCUUUGUACCGGUGUUCCUAUUAAAGUGGUCACUGGGUGUCUAUUAUAUGGCUUAAGUAUGUGAAAUUUUCUUACUCAACCAUAGUAUUAUUUGGUGAUAUCAUCAUUAUAUAAUUGUAUUUAAUUUUUUUUGCUUCGGCGACAUGCACACCAGACGUGUUUUGUUACGUUUUAAAGGUACACACAAACUUACACACAAACUCUACACUAAACUGUGACCAUUAGACUGUGAGAAAAGCACAGGCCCCGGUUUCAAACUUUUUUUUUACGCAUGAAGGUUUAGCCGUAUAAUAAGCUCAGACUUACGAACAAAACAAGCUACACUGGCAGCUUUAUUACUAUUAUUACUACUACUAUCUUUAUUACUAUUUUUAUUUUUUUUUUCUGUUGUCUAUUUAUUGCUAAAUAUAUUCAAGUGAUGCCAGACGCACUGUUCAUACUCACCCUGACCCUGACUAAUGAUCUCAUUUACAUUUCAAUAAGCUCAUUGCUACGAUCGGGGACGGCACGGCGGCCGGAUGAACCUUGUACACAAUGCAAUGUUGUUAUAAGGAUCGCAUUUUAAUUUUUUUUAGUCUGUAGUGAAUAUAUUACAGAUUACACCACACUAUGGUACUGGUACAGGAUUAUGACAUUAUAUAUAAAAAGGUAUGUGUUUACAUGUGUUUUAUGUAAUAUGUGUAUGUUGGUGGCUCGUGUACUGAAAAACGCAUGUGCUCAGGUUUCUCCGUUUUAUUGCUGGAUAUGAUGAAUUACUGACACUUACAGUCUUACAGUGUUGCGAAUGUGAUUUUAAAAGCAUGUACCAUGUUUCGCUUUUCUUUUACAGCGAAUCGGAUAUCAAACAGCAUGUAGAACUAAUUUCUUAGGCCAGUGUAAAUAACGAAAAUAAACUUUAUAUUUCAGUA